UUGGAUUAAUUAUCUGUUUGAUUAAAAUUCGGAAUACACUAUAGUUCUGUAUUGUAAAUCGUAUGAAAAAACUGCUGUAAUAGAAAUCGGAAAUAUGUUAUUUUAAUAUUACCUGAGCUUUGUGAUAAUAAACAUCAUACGGAAAAUGUAUCAUAGAUGCACCAUUGACAAAUAUGUUAAUAAUUCUUAACUUUAUAAAACAUUGAAAUUGUAAUGCAUUGGGGCUUAUACAUAUAAAGCAAAUGUUUGUGCCUUAUUUGCUACUAUUUCAAAUGGCAUUGGUUAAAGUCGGUACUAUUUAAUCCAUUGUUAUUUUAUGUAAUAUGAUUUAUCAAUCAGUUUAUCUUGUAGGUAUCAUGACAUGAACUGCUCUGGAGUGUGCUAAUACUGUGCAAUAAUCCGUCAAAGAAUUAAAACGAUUGUUUACUUCGUAUGCCAAUUGGAACAUUAUAAUAUGAUUAAUACCGUCUUAUAAGAUGCCGUUACUUGUCUUUGGAUUAUUUGUAAACAUACAAAAGAUAACAGUUUUAUGUAAAAACGAAAUAUCUGUUAAAAUACACUAGACAUGGAGACAGCUCGUCGAAAACUUCCGAAAAACAGGCUACCGUGAGUUCGGAUUUAAUUCUUUAACAAAAAACGUGCGGAAUAUACAAUUUGGAAAUUCAAUCUACAUGACGAUGGGACGAUGAAAAUGAUGGACUUAGCGGGUGUGAAUUAUCGCAAACUUUGAGUGUGUAUUACAGAAGAAUGUCUAACAGUGGAAGUGACAGCGAUAACUAUGAGAGCAGUACAUCUGACCUUGAUAACGCUGGCGUAAAGGCAGUUAUCACCCUUGGGAUAAUAAUUAUUGCAAUUGGUUUCUCCUUUCUUAUUGCAAAAGUUUGCAAAUUGUGCCGGAAGAAUAUUGUACCGGAAGACGACGACAGUGACGUCAGCGAAAACACGCGCCAUGUGCUAAACGCACGGCUAUCGGUGCUUAAGUACAAAAGGCGGGAAAUGAGUAGAGAAAAACGUGCUAAGGCGCUCAGUUUCAUAAACAGAUGGAUAUCGCAUGUACAGAAUAUGAAAAGACGGCGAGGGGAGAAGAAAGUUAUAGGAAAUGGAAUCAAACUUGGUGAUAGUGCUAACCUAGAAAUAAAAGUUGCUAUUGAAAACGCCGAUGCUGGCAAAGGGAUUGAAGACAUUGUUGUAAAAGAUGGGGAUACAAUUCUUACACCACGAAUGGCUCGACUUCCGGUGUUUGCCAAAUCGACAGGUGACCAUGUAAAAACGCACGAGUUACCAAAACCGGUGCAUGGACAAAGAGUGUCUCAGAGUUCUAGCCCUGUGCCUAGAGGCAGACCAGUUUCCAGCAAGUCACGUGUUCUCACUAACGUUACCUUGACAACAGUUGACGUCAAUAACAAACCGAAAGUAGUCGCAAAAACGGUUCACUUUAAAGAUAUAGGGUCGACGAAAAAGAGUGAUAACACAAAUGUGGAGAACAAAAAUAACAGUGUCUCAAAUACAGUGACUGAAGCCAAACCGACUAGCCAAAAACUAAACACAAACAUUAAUAAUGUCAAAGCAAAUAGUUCUAUUCAAAAUGGGUUAGUGUUAAAUUCAAAUAUCUCGCCAUCAAACAUGAUAUCAUAAAUAAUAUGUAUUACAUUGUAAAUAAGUGUACAAUACAGAUCAUGUAUACAGUACAUGUAUACUUAUUGGUUAACAUGGAUGUAAACUAUUCCAUUUACAUUUUGGCAAAUAUAAAUUAUUUUCUAGAUUUUCGUCCAUUUUUUUA